CGAGCACGGCCUCAUCACGACGCUCGGGCCCCGCGCGAGGCUCUGCGGCGGCGAGGAGGACCGGCGUGCGGAGGCACUCUGUGAGGAGAUGCAGCGCCCACUGGCCGGGCCAAGCAGAGGCACCCUUCCAGCGCUCUCGGACCCUAGCUCUGCAAAAGCACUGAUCUCCUGCCCGCGAUGCAGCCGCUGGCACGCUCACAAGCUUCAGCGUGCUGCCCCCGCUUCUUUGCUCUACACACCCAUCUCUCACCUCCAUACCGUCUGAUCAGACUCUCUGCAACCAUGUCCGACAGCAUCGUUCCCUCACCUCUGACUUCGCCAUCGCCACAUGACUCCGGCGACGACUAUGUGGGCAAUGAGUCAGACAGCUCGUCUGAUGGUGCGGAGCCUCUACGACUCGGCUUAGCGAGGCGGCUCGAGCAAGACGCCGGCGUCAACCAGCCGUCAAGUGGCGAGCACGAGGAGGCAGCUCCUCAGCGACAGCGGCUGCGCGGCGAAGCGUGGGGCGACGCGCGCGACCACGGACUCAUUCUUGCGUGUGCGGCCAGCCAGCCCAUCGCUGCCUGGCUUGUUCGGGGCGCUCCUCGGCCGCCUCACGCCGCCUUUGUGGCAAUCGCGCAAGAGGCGUGGCCCGGAAAGAAGCACGAAGCGUUCCUCGUGCGCAGGCGUCUCAUCAGGCUCUACGGGAGGUUCAAGACUGCUCUCGAGCAUGUGCCGAGGUCUCUACGUGUGCUUCCGUACUCGGAGUGGCCUCCGGAGCGAGCAGACCAAGUCCCAUACUGGUGGCCCGACUUCUACGCCAAGAUCUGGAAGAGCACGUCCCGGUCGCCUGCAGGCACGCAGCCGGUCGCUUCGAUGCAUGACGCACAGCCUUCGUCAGCAGUCGCUUCUUCUCCUACCACAUCGCUUCUCUCCUCAAGAUGGGAGCGCGCUCAGCAGUUCCCGAUUCGCAAGAUGAGAACUCCGGGCUGGAACCUCAGUCUCGAGGGCAAGCUGCUCAAUGCAGUCGCAAGCAGUGAGGUGCUAGCGCCUUGGCUCCGCGAUCGGCAGAACAGACGCCCGGACCAUCUGUACGAUCGCCUUACGGAUUUUGCUAUACAGCAAUUUCCGGGCACUCGUCUGAUCGGUACCGAGCUUGCCGCUCGUCUAGAUCUCAUUCACGUGCGAUGCAAGGAGUUCGCCAGUACACUUCCGGCGAAUCUGCUGGGCCAGCCUCUGGCCAUGUGGUCAAGCGAAGCGAUUGCGCAGCUGCAGAAGUGUCAGGGCAUGCCGCCAAGCUGGGACACGUGGUACGAGAACGUAGCACUCCACGGCGGCGAGGGCUAUCCACCGCAGUGGAAGGCUUCUUCACCGGACGAGCCAGCUGCGGCUGCCGCCGGAGAGCGUCUUCAGCCAGCGCCAUUGAUCCGUCCGGCGACCAUCACGCAGUCAGUGCCGUCAUCUGUGCCUCGAGCUAGCAGGUCAAGUGCCGAAGCGCGCGAUGAAGAAGUCGGUCAUAGUCCUCCCGCAAGUGCCGCUCAUGGAGAAGCUCGUCGACUGGACUCGGCGCUCCCUUCUUCCCUCGGCGAGAGAGACCGCAUCUCAGCCUCGCCGCACACCAGCUCGGUCAAGGAUCCAGGCUUCGCCAACGCUGGCGAAGUCUUCGAGCGACUUCUCAGAUUUACGGAGCUGAGAGCGUGGCUCGUCGACGGUAUGGUGGCACCGAUGCCAGUGCCGAAGGACUUCAAGAAUGGCCUCCUCUGCCUUUUGCUGAGCGGCAGUCGGACCUACUACGAUCAGGGCUACGUCACAGAGCGGUGCAGAAAGGUGCUGAACAGCCUCGACAGCAAGUACCAACGUAAGCAGGCCUUCUUGUCUGCGCACUCGCAGCAGCUUCCCACCGCGCAGUGGGAGGGCGAAGACAAGGACAAGCUGGCCCAUCGCCCGAAUUGGUUCGCUCUGUGGCACGAUCAGGUGGCGCUGGCGCGUCGUGAGCGAAGUGCCGUCUCUGGCUCGCCGCUUCCCGCCCGAAGGACGGCUCUCUUCAGCGCUCCUGCGCCAGGCGACCGGGAAAGCCGCGACGCUGCUUCCGCUCAGCCAGUGGCAAGGGCUAGCUCGUUCGCAUCCUCCUCGCGGAGUCCUGAUGAGCCGAUGCACAAGAGGCCGAGAGUGUCAGAAGAUGCAGCUGAUACUACUGCCUCAAGCUCGCAACGACUCUCUGCCACGCAGCGCUCUCACUUGGGCCCGAACACGCCGUCGCGAUCCUCGUCCGCGCAAACCACUGUGCUCGAUGUCAACAUGUCGCCUCCUUCAGCGUCCGGACCCGAGCAUCUCAGCUCUCUCAAGCAGGCCGCUACCGCAAAGAAGAAGCGCAUGCUCGAUGUCCUGCAGCUCGCUGCCGACUUGCCUACUAAGCUGCGGGUCUUCAGCGACAAGAGCGCCGUGCGCCGCUUCAUGCCGCUUUACGGGGACCUGUGCAAGAGACAAGUCUUUGACGACGACAACCUGCCCGAUGAAGCGGCAGAGCAGGCGAUGAGAGAUCUGGUGGAGCUGGGUCUCGAGGCCAGCGGCGAGGGCCACGGCGAGGCGUGGGACCUUCUGCGCGCGCUCAGCAAGGCAGCACAUGAGGCGUUGUGGUCUCAGUAAUCCCAAGU